UCACAAACCAAAUUUUGUUUGUAUUUUUGAACCCAGAAUCAGUGGGAAGGAUGCUCUUGAGGUCAUCAGAACGCUUGGCUUUGAUUCCUGGGAAAUUUCAGAUGCUACUGGUUACAGUGGAGGGAUCUGGAUGCUCUGGAAUAAAAUUGAGAUUCAGCUAACUAAUCCUGUAAUCCACAAACAGUACAUCCAUGUGGAAUGCUCUACAACUGGUGGCAAUGCUAGUGUUCUUACUGCCAUCUACGCCAGUCCUAAUGAGCACGCCAGAGGGGAUCUGUGGGAGGCUCUACGAGGCAUUAGUCGCAGAACUCUCUGCCCUUGGAUGCUGUUUGGUGACUUUAAUUCUAUCACAAGGCCAACUGAAAAGCAAUGAGGGGCCAGUUUCAGCUUUGCCAAAGUAAGGGGAUUUGUGGAGUGCAUCGAGGACUGUGGUUUAAUGGAUCUUGGGUACACUGGGCCACGUUUUACUUGGUUCAAGGGAGGAUCAGGGGUUAAAGAGAGGCUUGAUCGUGGUCUUUGCAACCUGGCAUGGCACCAUAAGUUCCCCCAAACUCAUGUCUCCCACUUGAUCAAGAUGAGAUCGGAUCAUAGACCGAUACUGAUUUGCAAUAAGACUAUCCCUACAAAAUCCAAAUUGGUGAGACGUUUCCAGUUCCUUGCUCCUUGGUUGUCUCAUGAUGAGUUUCUUCCUUUUCUUUCCUCUUCAUGGAUUCGUGGUCAGGCUCUCCCUUGUGCCUUGCAGGACCUUUCCUCCAAGCUCCAAGUAUGGAACAAGGAAGUGUUUGGCAAUAUUUUCCAGAAGAAAAAGAGACUGGCGAAUAAAUUGCAUUCCUUGGAAACACUUAAUGAGAGGAAUCCUUCCACUUCCUCACUGGAGGAGGAAAAGAAGGUUAGAGAGGAUCUUGAAGAUGUCCUCUGGCAGGAGGAAAUCCUUUGGCUCCAGAAAUCAAGAGCCAACUGGACAAUCCACGGAGACCAGAAUUCCAGAUUCUUUCAUAGCAGCACGCUGAGCAGAAGAAAACGAAAUAAGAUCAUUAGCCUGAGAAAUGAAGCAGGAGAAUGGAUCACUGACCCGGAUUUGCUCCAAGACAUGGCAAGAGAACACUAUGUGAAGCUUUUCACCAAGUGCAAGUUGUGCAACAGAAGUGGCCAUCAUUCCAUCACUGCUACUUUCCCACCUAUUACAAGCUCUAGGUGGGAGCAGAUGGAAAGAUCUCCGACCUUUGAGGAAAUCCAUGGCAUCAUCAAAGAGAUGAACGGUCUUAAGGCACCUGGCAAGGAUGGUUUCCAUGCACUCUUUUUUCAAAGAUGCUGGAAACUUGUUGGUCAGGACUUCUUCAAGUCCAUCCAGGAAUGCUUUAGGAAUCCCGAGAGCAUCAGGACUCACAAUGAGACCCUUUUGGCUCUGAUCCCAAAAGUGGACUCCCCCAGUUCCAUGAGCCAGUUUCGACCCAUUAGCCUUUGUAAUGUGGGGUACAAAGUGGUGGCGAAAUGCAUUGCAAACAAGCUGAAAUGUCUUAUGCCCCACUUGGUCAAACCUAAUCAAUCUAGUUUUGUUCCAAAUCGACAUAUCACUGACAACAUUCUUAUUCUGCAGGAGACAGUGCAUUCGAUGGCUAGGAAAAAAGGCAAAAAGGGAAUGAUGCUUCUUAAACUGGACUUGGCCAAAGUAUACGAUCGCUUGGACUGGGAUUUUUUUGAAGAACCCAUUACCUUGGCAGGGCUUCCUCAAAGUAUCAUUCGUGUUAUCAUGAAAUGUGUCACCACUGUGGAAAUGCAGGUCCUGUGGGAAGGAGGGGAAACUCAAAGCUUCAAGCCAAGCAGAGGCCUUAGACAGGGAUGUCCCCUUUCUCCUUACCUUUUCACUCUUUGUGUUGAGAGAUUAGGUCAUUGCAUUUCCGAGGAAGUUAGUUUGAAUAGGUGGAAUCCUGUUAAGCUCUCAGCUGGAGGACCCCCCCUUAUCCCACUUGUUCUUUGCAGAUGACUUGGUGUUGUUUGCUGAAGCCUCUAUGAAGCAAGCAGAAAUUAUAAACCUUUGUGUUGAUAGGUUUUGUGAUGCUUCAGGAGAGCUUGUUAGUAAAGAAAAGUCUAGAGUUCUGUUCUCUAAAAAUACUAGGGAUAGUGACAGAAGACUUAUUUGUGACAAACUUGGCAUUCAAUCAACUUUGGACUUAGGUAGAUAUCUUGGUGUGCCUGUCAUUCAUGGUAGGAUCACUAGAAAUACCUAUAGGUACAUCAUUGAUAAGAUUGACCAGAAAUUGACUUCAUGGAAGGCUAGAACUCUCUCUCUUGCUGGAAGAGUUACUCUUGCUUUAUCAGUCCUUAAUGCUAUUCCCACUUAUGCUAUGCAGACAUCCAUCCUUCCUGCCUCUGUUUGUGACCUUAUUGAUAAGAAAAUCAGGUGGUUUGUGUGGGGAUCCAAUGAGGAAAAAAAGAAACUACACUUGAUUUC